CCUGAUGGACCAUUGUUUCCUGGCAAACCGGGUUGUCCAGGAUCACCAACUAAACCUGCAAAUCCGGUAUUACCAGUGUCUCCGGGCAAACCAUUAGGACCAGAUAAUCCAGUAGCGCCUCUAUCUCCCUGUUGUCCUUGUGCACCAGGUUGGCCCAUAGAGCCUGGUUGUCCUGGUAAUCCAGUUGCUCCUUGUUGUCCAGGAUUGCCAGAAAAUCCUCUCGCACCUUUUUCGCCUUGUGCACCAGUUGCUCCCGUACCUCCAGUAGCCCCAGCUACACCCGGAUUACCUGCUAAACCUUGUGAACCAGGUGAACCAGUGUCUCCGGGAAAACCUUUUGAUCCAGAUGGACCAGCAAGACCAGGUAAACCUACAGAUCCUUGA